AUGGGGGCUCAAGCCCUGAAGGCGGGUACCCGGAUGCUACCGUCCCAGAAGACCUACCUGCCCUGCCAGAACCGGCGGGGCUCCACCCUCAGUCAUCCGAGGAAAGCCCCUGACCUGCCACUUUUCUCUGUGGUGCUGUGGAGUGCCCUCCUGUGGGUCAGCUCCCUCCCCCAUCUGACCCAGGGGGCAAGGACCUUCAUCCUGAGGGUGCUGGGUCCCUGGGAUUGUGGCGCCAUCUUUGCCCAGGCCCUCCCUGGUGAGGCUGUGCAGCUGGCUGUGGACCGGGCCAACCAGGACCCCUCACUGCUGCCGGGCUCACGGCUGGCUUCUGUGAUCCUCCCUACAGGCUGCGACACCCUCUGCGUGCUGACCACAUUCUUGGCCCACAGGGAUACUGUGGAUGCUUUUGUGGGCCCUGUCAAUCCUGGUUACUGCCCAGUGGCAGCCCUGCUGGCCCGGAGCGGGGGCAAGACCCUCUUCUCCUGGGCAUGCGGGGCUCCCGAGGGAGGAGGCGAACUGGCACCCACCCUGCCGUCCGCUGCCCAUGUGCUCCUGUCCAUCACGAGACACUUUGGCUGGGCUCACUCAGCCAUCGUGUCCUCCCACGAGGACAUCUGGGUGGCCACAGCCCGGCAGCUGGCCGAGACUUUCAAGGCACACGGACUGCCUGUGGGGCUGGUGACCUCUCUGGGACCUGGGGAGCAGGGAGCCCUGGAGGUCCUGGAGCAGCUCUGCGAUGUGGAUGGGCUGAAAAAACUGCGGGUCUCUCUCCUAAGGGAACGCGGCGCCCUGGUGAGAAGACGGCCGGCAGAGCAGGGGACGCAGGCCUGGUUCCCUUUCCGCCCAGUCCUGGUGUCCCUGCUGUUUGGAACCAUCUAUGAUGCUGUUGUUCUGCUGGCCCAUGCCCUGAAUAUCUCUGAGAACCCUGGGACAGGGCUCUUGGGUGUUCAUUUAGGAGACCACAUAGAGAAUCUGGAUGUGGCUGGCUUUAGCCAGAGAAGUCGCACAGGCGAGAAGGGCAGGAGGCUGGCUCGGUGUGUCAUCCUGGACACAGAUGGUCGAGGAAGCCAGCUGGUCCCCACUCACAUCCUGGACACAAACACAUGGCAAGUGUAGCCUCUGGGCAGAGUCAUACACUUUCCAGAAGGGGCCCCUCCGGCCCGUGACUCCAGCUGCUGGUUUGAACCCAAUACACUGUGCAUGACGGGUGGACAGGCUCUGGGCAGCGUUCCCACCCUGGCGCUGGCCUGCAUCCUGGUGCUGGCUGGCAGCGGGGCCCUCACGUGCCUCCUCAGAUUGGGCAUCCAGAAGGUGCAGCUGGUGUGGGGGCCCCACCGGAUCCUGCUGACAGCCCAGGAGCUCGCCUUCUUCCAUCUGUCCCCAAGCAGAUGGAGACUGCAUGUGGACAGUAAGUCGAGAAGUGUGGUGGAUGGCAGAAGCCUGAUGUCAGUGGCCCAGGGGUCAGCAAAGAGCCUGCCAGGUUCCCAGAAACCAAUCUGCAUGGCCCUGUAUCAGCUGGGAGACUGGGUGUGGCUGAAGAAGUCUGAAGCAGGCACAGACCCUGAGCUGCGCCCCAGCUGCCUCAGCCUCCGGAGGAAGAUGCGAGAGCUGCGGCAUGAGAACGUUGCCACUUGCCUGGGCUUUCUUGUGGCUCCUGGGAUCAGUGCUCUGGUUCUAGAGCACUGUCCCCGGGGCAUCCUGGAGGACCUGCUGCAGAACAAGGCCCUGUGACUAGACUGGACCUUCAAGGCCUCCCUACUGCUGGAUUUUAUCCAGGGCAUGCAGUAUCUUUACCAUCGACAUUUCCCUCACGGCCACCUCAAGUCCCGAAACUGUGUGGUGGACUGUCGCUUUGUGCUCAAGGUCACUGACCACGGCUACGCAGCACUCCUGGAAGCUCAGCGGGCUCCCUGACCCUGGUCAGCCCUGGAAGAGCUGCUGUGAACGGCUCCUGAGUUGCUGUGGAGGCCUGGGCUCUCCGGGCAGGGCACCCUCAAAGGGGACGUCUUCAGCAUCGGCAUCAUCCUGCAGGAGGUGCUGACCCGAGGUCCCUACUGCUCCUCAGGACUGUCAGCGGAAGAAACCAUCAGGAAGGUGGCGACUCUACUUCCCCUGUGCCGGUCACUGGUGUCCCCUGACCACAGGCCACCCGACUGCCUCCAGCUGAUGAAGCAGUGCUGGGAGGAGGUGCCAGAGGACAGACCAAGCCUGGACCAGAUCUACACCCAGUUCUAAAGCAUCAACCAAGGCAAGACCAGCGUGGCUGACUCCAUGCUGCAGAUGUUGGAGAAGUACUCCCAGGACCUAGAGGGUCUGAUCUGGGAGUGAACUGAGGAGCUGGAGCUGGAAGGACAGAAGACGGAGAGGCUGCUCUGCCAGAUGCUGCCCCUGUCUGUGGCUGAAGUCCUGAAAGUGAGGGCGACUGUAGAGCCAGAGUACUUUGACCAGGUUACCAUAUACUUCAGUGACACUGUGGGUUUCACCAUCAUCUCAGCCCUGAGUGAGCCCAUCGAGGUGGUGGGCUUGCUCAACGAUCUCUACAUGCUGUUUGAUGCUGUUCUGGGCAGCCAUGACGUGUAUGAGGUGGAGACCGUCGGGGACGCCUACAGGGUGGCCUCGGGACUGUCUUGGCGCAGCGGGAGCUGGCAUGCAGCUGAGGUCGCCAACAUGGCCCUGGACAUCCCGAGCUCUGCAGGCGAUUUCUGGAUGAGGCAUGCACCCGACGUGCCUAUUUGCAUCAGGGCUGGCCUGCAUUCAGGGCCCAGUGUGGCAGGGGUCGUGGGUCUCACUAUGCCCCGGUACUGCCUCUCUGGGGACACUGUCAACACUGUGUCCCAGAUGGAGACCACGGGGCUGCCAUACAGAAUUCAUGUCAGCCAACGCACUGUCCAGACACUGCUCAGCCUUGAUGAAGGUUACAAAAUUGACACCAGAGGUCAGACUGAGCUGAAGGGAAAGGGCAUAGAGGAGACCUACUGGCUGGUGGGGAAGGUGGGCUUCCCCAGGCCCCCCCCACACCUCCGGACGUCAGUCUCGGAUAAUGAGUUUUUAGGCCAAAGGGCGCCCACGUGA